UUCUUCUUCUCACCGUCUGUAGUACGCUCUUUGAUAUUCCCUCCUUCUUCCCUCAAGUACUUUACUUCACCUCUUUCUCUCUUACCCCUUUACCUCUCUCAUAAUGUCUCGCAAGGCCCAGAAGCCCAUCCCUCCCUUCCACGUCGGUGACAACUACAAGAUCCUCCACGGCCUCGGUGAAGGUGCCUAUGGUACCGUCGUCGCUGCUCUGCACAAGCCCUCCAACAGAGAGGUCGCUAUCAAGAAAGUCCUGCCCUUCGAGCACACCCUGUUCUGUCUCCGCACGCUCCGUGAGCUCAAGCUGCUCAAGUUCUUCUCCGACUCAUGUGUCAACGAGAACAUCAUAUCAAUCCUCGACAUCGUCAAGCCCGCGUCUUACGAUGAGUUCAAGGAAAUCUACUUCAUCCAGGAACUCAUGCAGACCGACCUCCACCGCGUCAUCCGCACCCAGCAGUUGACAGAUGAUCACUGUCAGUACUUCGUCUACCAGACGCUCCGCGCGCUCAAGACGAUGCACAGCGCCGACAUCGUCCACCGCGACCUCAAGCCCGCGAACCUCCUCCUGAACGCGAACUGCGACCUCAAGGUGUGCGACUUCGGCCUCGCGCGCUCCACGCGCUCGACGAGCCCCGGCGGUAAGGAGGCCGGGCUCAUGACCGAGUACGUCGCGACGCGCUGGUACCGCGCGCCGGAGAUCAUGCUCUCCUUCAAGAUGUACACGAAGGCGAUCGACGUCUGGGCCGUCGGCUGCAUCCUCGCCGAACUCCUCAACGGCCGCCCGCUCUUCCCCGGGCGCGACUACGGCCACCAGCUCGACCUCAUCCUCGACGUGAUCGGGACGCCGACGCUCGAGGAGUUCUACGGGAUCACGUCCCGCCGCUCGCGCGACUACAUCCGCGCGCUGCCCAUCCGCAAGCGCCGCCCGUUCACCGCGCUGUUCCCGAAGGCGUCGCCGGAGGCGAUCGACUUUUUGCAGAAGACGCUGACGUUCGACCCGAAGAAGAGGCUCACGGUCGACCAAGCGCUCGACCACCCAUACCUCUCUGCAUACCACGACCCCGAAGACGAGCCGGCCGUGCCCUCGCUCGACCCCGAGUACUUCGAGUUCGACUACCAAGAGCUGAACAAGGACGAGCUCAAGAAGCUCCUUUACGACGAGGUCAUGUCCUUCCAGUCGCUCAUCUAGGUCUUAUGACUGUACGGCAAAAGGCCCCCGUGCCCCCGCGAGACCACUAGCGCCCGGUCCCGCCCUCUGACACACGCACAGAGAUCAACCUCACGCCCUGCACCAUGUUUGUUUCCGUUUGACCCCUUAUACCUCGGGACUGCUUUGUGCGGUUCCGCUUUCGCACUCUCGUUUUCCGAACUGUUCUCUGCUGUAUCACCGACAACGAAUCGCACUGCUUAUAUUAUGUCAUAUAUUUA